UCUGAGGUUCUUCCACUGGUUUCCUCAAUUGAACGCACUCAUGCGUAAAGAUCCUGCACGAGAUCAGUACAUGAUUAACUUUCCUCGAAAUAUUUCAUCGUGAUAUCUAUAUAAACUGUACCUCGUACUUGUAUGUGUGUGCGCACGCCAUCAGCGAGUUUAAAUGUUGAUUUGCGGAAGCCUAAGUGCGCCUUCUAAGCACACAUUUCGCGCAAACUGGCCGAGAAGUUACCUCAGUUGAGACCACAAGUGGUCAGUCACCAUGACUCGGAUAUUAUGGGAUGCAAUUUUCCUCAUAAGCGGUUCACUGUUUACAAUAGGAGUAGGGCAGAGCACCUCGACAACGCUCAAAGACAACGUUGCCGGCACUGCUCUUCCUAACACCUUGGGAAACCGUCAUGCAGCCACCUCCAUGUCUGCAAGCUCAAACAUUUUAUUUGGAACACAGCUGAGUCGGUUGGACACCACCGUCUCCAUCGCUACCAGUUCAUCUUUGGCAGCAUAUGCCACAGCCAGCAACUCUGGAGUGCCUGAAACAGCAUUAACAACAAUACCUACAACAACAGUCUCUACAGCAACACUGACUACUACCACGACUACUCCUAACACCCCUCCAGUGAAAAAGUUCGUGGCGGCGGCUGUUCGCUCUCAUUUCGAUAACUGUCCAGACUCCCAUCGCCACUUCUGUUUCCAUGGAACGUGUCGGUACCUGAUAUUGGAGGAGACACCUGCAUGCAUAUGCCAUCCAGGCUUUGUUGGGAUGAGAUGUGAGCAUGCGGACCUGCUGGCUGUUGUGGCCACCAAAAACCGUCAGCAAACAGUUGCCACCGUGCUGGUGUUGUGUGUGAUUGGAUGCGUUGUUAUCAUAGUGGUGUGCGCAUUGCUAAAUUGCUGGUGGAGGCGGGAAUGCCGAAAGAGGAGACGCCCUCAUCACUUCAUUCCAGAAAAGUCUGUUUACACACAGAAGCACAGAGCACCAUGCUAUCCUUCUGAAAGCGUGGUGUGAUAGGAUACCGAUGUGGAUCCUGAUCCUGGUGCUUCUUUCAACUGUCAGGUGUUAAAUCUGCCUCCCAAAAAUUACAGAGAAAGAAGCGGUGUCUUCGGUGCGACUGAGGCAGGACACAAAAUAAGGUAGGACGUUCCUUCGCAACGCUUUCUGUUGACUUUGGACUUUCUGCGAGGUGGCAAAAUGGAAAUUCCCUCUAUCCUUGCGUGGAAAUAAGCACGGAACUGUUUGAAGUAGAGGAUGAAGCAGCUGCCAAACCAUGAUUACCGUUUCUUCACAAGAGGUCUACGUGGACAUGAAUCAUCCUGUGUGGAUUUGGCAAAAAAAGGAGGGGCCUAAGGAACUCCAGGACCAUCCAAAUUCAUUGACCUAAAUUCCUAUUUAUGUCUUUUAUUAACUUUGAGCACUUUUCAGAACGACAAGCACGAUUGAUGCUGAUGCUUUAAACUACAUUUUUAGUCUUUUAUUUUAAGAGAGAAAACACAUUUCACUGGACAAAUUGGGGAUUGAUGGACUGAAUGGAUGAAGCUCGGACGUGGAACGCCUUUCUUCAGAUGUGAUUAAUCUAAGAAAUCCCACCAGGAUAAAAUUGUGGUUGUGGGGCCUUGGCUAAACUGGAAUGUGUUCUUUCAUCACAAAUUUUACAUUAAAAAGACGAAGAGAGAGGGGAAAAAAAUCCAAAACACACACUCAUAUAACACAUGGGUGGUUGUCAUUCUAUGGUGGCUUUUAAUUCAAUGGCACUUUUCUGCAAUAUUGCUCAUAUUUCCUAAAAUCUGCACUUUGGAUUCACAGAUUUUCUUGCUUUGGUGCACAUAUUUAUUAAUAUUCUCUACUUGAGUGAUGUGUUUUGGCCUCACUUCUGAUUUGAAUUUAAUAGUUUUAAAGAUGGCAAAUAUGUGUGUAUUUACAUAUGUAAAAAAAAAAGAACCUCCAAAAUUGGCGAAGGGAUUAAAACAAUAAUACCUGUCGAGCUGAAAACGAUGCAGGAAAACAAUACAAAAAACUCUUGAGAUGUGGCAGCUUCUACCAUGAAAUGAAUGUUUUGGUAAUACAGAUGCCAAAGGAGAGUGAGGGGGUAAAUGCAUUUAUUUCUGUUUACAGUGUCUGAUGUUUGCAGAGUCCUUUUGUAUGUCUCCUUUUGUGGGCAUUUUUGAUGUGUGAAAUCGUGUAAAUGUAUACACAUUCAAUGUUUUAGAUUUCGGUGCAUUUCCACUAUAAAGAGGGAUCAGUGGAUCGUUAUUAUUUGGUUUGUCACUUUUGUGGUGUCUCAGUUGCUUUAUCUGCAUUUGUUUUCAAAUGAUGGAUUAAAAUUGCAAAUAUCUGACUGACCUUUUCUCUUCACUAUGAAUUUUUAACCCUUUAACACCGUACUUGUCGGCCGCGACAGUUAUGCAUAUCAUCUGUAAAGCCUCGUCACCCUGUAAUUACAUCACCCACGUGCCGCUGGUCGUUGUCAUUUGAAAGUGAUGAAGUUGAGGUCCAUGUCAGUUAUUACUUAAGUCAAUUGACCGAGUAAAACGGGAAAUAAUGUCACUUGAGUUUUAUAGUUUUAUUGCCCUUAUAAAUAAGCAUUAAAACGCUGCAUGGACCAUGUGUUUAUGUCCAUAUUUCCAUCAUUUCUUGUCCUUUUUCAAAACCGAAAGCACCACAAAAAACUACAUAUCCCAGGAGCCAUUGUGAGGUCACGAAAGACGGACGUAAUGUGAACAUUUUUAAGAAAUUGCCGAGGGAGGCGAGGUAGCGAGUGAUGGCCGGUUGGAUUAAACAAGCAACUUUGAAACGUGCGGACUGAAUCAAAAGCUAAAUUUAGCGCAAGCUUAUGCAUUAUUUAAUUAACUCAAAGAGGAUGGGCCAAAGUUGUCGUUGCUUUCACCGGAAGAGUGAGUCGGCGAGUGAGAAGUGACAGCAGUGC